GCUUAUAUUCUCCCCACCAUUCAUUUUAAUCUUUGGGUUUUGUGUUUUUCUUUCUUCUUUUUCCAUAUAUCAGAAAUGGUCUUGUUCCUUAGCCAGCCUGAACUCAGCGUGGGUGUUUUUCAGGGAAUGUUGCAGGGGAUAUUAGGAAAAAGAAAGGCAAAGAGACCAAACAAACCGUAUGGAACUGAAUGGAGACGCGUCAAAAUUUUGGCAUGUAGGAAUUGUAGAACCCCCUUCUCCUCUACUUCGACUCACCCCAUACAGAAGGUGAAUGGCCUCGAUGGGGAACCCUAUCCAAAUUGUUAUCAUGUUAAAGAAGGGGCAAAUUUGGAGAUCCAAGGGCCUAGAAGUUUUCAUACUGCCCAUCUCUCCAAUGGAAAAUCAAUACUGUUAUUGAGAGUGGUCUGCAUUCCAUGUCGUGUGUUAGCUGGCUUCCAAGUGUUCCAUGUGGACCGGAACAAUGAUGAAGACCUAUACACAGACUGGAACAGUGAUGAAGACACAGACUGGAAAGAUGAAGACGCAUAUUAUUGGAGCAGUGAUGAAGACACAUAUUGGAGCAGUGAUACUGAAGACACAGACUGGAGCAGUGACAGUUCCAGUGAUACUGAAGAGACAUAUUGGAGCAGUGAUGAAGACAUACACCUCGACGUUGGACACUUCAUUCUGAAUGCAGUAUUGUCCAAUUCCAUUCCGUGAGUUCGUGAAGCAAUUAGAGAAGUAGUGGAAUUCCUUCAAUAAAUUUUAUUUUGCCAUUAGCGAAGAAGUAGUGGAUUUACUUCAAUAAAUUUUAUUUUGUUUUUGGA